UAUACGGCCCCGAUCCUGAGUAUCUCCUGUUUCUUCCAGGAAGUGGACAUUGAGGUGGAUGAGAACGGCACCCUGGACCUGAGCAUGAAGAAGCCCAUCAAGAGGGAGGGAAAUCUGUCCAGCCCCGGGGUCCGCUCCCCGGAUCCUUCUUCCUCCUCUUCCUCGCUCAAUCACGAUGGCAGCGGCAUGACGUCUCCGAACCUCCUGGCCUACAAGCAGGAGGUGUGGGAGGGCCCUCUGGAUUACACCAAGCCCAACCGCCAGAGGGAGGAGGACCUGGAGGAGAUGGAGCACACGGGCCAGUCGUUUGUCUCGUCUGACGCUGAUGACUGUGACAUGAUGCAGGACUGUCUAGAGGACAGGAAGUACCCGGGUGAGGUCACCACCCCCGGCUUCAAGGUCAAGUUCCUGCCCAAGGACAGCAAGAAAGAUCUUCUCGCGUGCCCUACACCUGGGUGUGAUGGCAGUGGUCACAUCACUGGAAACUAUGCUUCCCAUCGCAGUCUGUCUGGGUGUCCUCUCGCUGAUAAGAGCCUUCGGUCCCUCAUGGCGGCCCACACCCCUGAACUCAAAUGCCCUACCCAAGGAUGUGACGGCUCAGGUCACAUCACCGGAAACUACACCUCCCACAGAAGUAUCUCUGGGUGCCCGCGUGCCAAGAAAAGUGGAAUUAAAACUCCUACCAAGGACAACCAGGAGGACUCCGAGCUUUUAAAGUGUCCGGUGCCGGGCUGCGACAGUCUGGGUCACAUCAGCGGGAAGUACGCCACGCACCGCAGCGCCUACGGGUGUCCGCUGGCCGCCCGCAGGCAGAAGGAGGGCAUGCUAAAUGGCACGCCCUUCAACUGGAAGGCCUUCAAGACAGAGGGGCCCAGUUGUCCCACCCUAGGGUGCGACGGCUCCGGACACGCCAACGGGACCUUCCUCACACACCGCAGCCUCUCAGGGUGCCCCAGAGCUUUGUUCGCCAAGAAGAAGGCCAAGUUCUCCUCAGAGGACUACCUGAGCACCAACUUCAGAGCCGGUGAUGUUCUGGACAACGAUGAGGACAUCAAGCAGCUCAACAAAGAGAUUAAUGACCUGAAUGAAUCCAACAAUGAAAUGGAGGCAGACAUGGAGAACCUGCAGACUCAGAUCUCCUCCAUGGAGAUGAACCUGAAGAGCAUUGAGCACGAGAACAAGAUGAUCGAGGAGCAGAACGAGGCUCUGUUCAUGGAGCUGUCCGGGCUGAGCUGCGCUCUCAUCCGCAGUCUGGCCAACAUCCGUCUGCCACACAUGCAGGAGCCCAUCACGGAGCAGAACUUCGACAGCUACGUGAGCACGCUGACCGACAUGUACACCAACAAGGACUGCUUCCAGAGCCCCGAGAACAAAGCUCUGCUGGAGAGCAUCAACCAAGCUGUGAAAGGCAUCAAAGUGUGAGGCCUGUCCUGGAGCGCAGGAGCGUGACGGAGGAGACGGAGCGAUGGCCAGAUGGAGGAGGGAUGUUGAAAUACUCUACAAUAUAUUGAAAUAUGAUUCAAAAACAAAAAGGGAAUUCAGGUUAUUUAAAUAAAACGGCAACUUUGAAAAAAGAAAUCAACCCAGGGAGCACUGUUAGAAGAAAAGUGACGCGGACCAAAAUCCACACCAUGCUGCUGCUGGGAGCCUUCAGUCAGGAUGGAUGGGAAGAAGAAUAAUGUUACUACAAACUGCAUCUAGGGAUCUUAUUAUGCUGUAUGUUUACCUGUUGUCUCUUUUGUGUCCUUAACUGUUUUUGGAGAGGGUUUCACUGUUGGGCAGCUUCAUAUCAAACUGAAACUCGGAGGAGCGUGAACACAGGAUUGCCUGAACGUGAAGAGGACGUUUUGACUCUCAGUGUUGUGUUGUCGUGUCACACACACUGUGGCGAGUGUGUUCUCCCGAGCUCUCUGAUUCAUGACCACACACACCCCGGCAAUACGAAUCACGCACUACACAGAAUGUGUGUUUGCUUUGCGGUAUUACUGCGGAAAAGAUGUCAACAACGCAAUGUUGACUCAGUUUAGCAGUGGGAAAAUAAUCUUCAAGUAAGGUCAUGUGACUAUUCCAGGAACAGUGAAUGGUGUUUCUUUUCCACGGGACAGCUGAUAUCAUGAUUUUACAAGCAGCAGAUUUCCUUUACUGAAAUGGUGAUAGUGAUAGUGUGCACACAUUUCAAAUUCAGUUAGUCAUAUCAAUAGUAUUUAUGGACAUAGGAAUUGCACUUCAUUUCAAUGACUAGUUUUUUCGUACAUUCAUUAUUGUUAUAUAUAUUAAUUAUUUAAACUUGUGAACUUUUAAAUUGUAACUUAUUGCCAUUUAUGUUAUUGAGGUUUAUUUAUUUGAAGCAAUCUAUUUAUUAACUUUGUUUUGUAAAACACACACACACACGAAAGCAUCCUUACUGAUUAUCAUGCGAUUUGCAGAUGUCUCAGUUCAUAUUUUAAGAAACUAUAUACAGAACUGAAGAGGCAUAUUUUGUUUUGAGUACUUUUUAAAAACCUUUUUAAGUGCAGAUGUUUUAUAACUGACAAAACCUUUUGAUAAUUUUACAAAAAUCUUUUGGGGUUGUUCUUGUUUUUAUUUUUUAUUUUUUUUAAAUGUUAUUUCUGUUACUGCUACAUUCAGAAGCCCACUGCUGAGAUAAAAAGAAAGUAUGUAUUUAUUAUUUAUUUAAUAUGAAAGAAAUGGACUGAUAUGGCUGUAUAUUUAUUUUGUUAUUUAUUUCUGUGAUGUAACGGUUGAGUCUGAGUAGUCUUAAAGAUUCCACUGCUAAUAUUUAAAUAAAGAAAAUCAAUACAAAUACUGUUUGAUUACUUAGGCUUAUACCUAGACAUACCAGCAGCUGAUUGUAAAGACAGAAAAGAAACUAACAAGUGUUCUGUUGCUCUCUGCUCUGUGUUGCUUUUGUCAGGUAAAAGAAAACCAGGAAAAGUUAUUUUCAAAAAUGAAAAAUGUUACCUCUCCCAAGCGCUUUGUAGCGGCCAGCACUGGCUCACCCUAACUCUGUAAUGUACCAUGGAUGCUUCUUAACUCUGUCUUAUUUAUACUUUCAUCAGCACAAUGGUACAUAUAUAGAGCUGUGAUCCAGCAGUGGUUCAGGCUGGAUGUAUGGGUGUAACACACACGCGCGCACACACACGCACGCACGCACGCACACACAGCAACAUAUUGAGGAAACUGUAGGAUGGCCUCAUUUGACAAACUUCUAUCAGAUAAAAACACACACCCUUGUAGCCUUACUCUAGAUUUUAAUUUUUUGAUGCACAAAGUGCCACUAAAAAAAGAAGAAAAAAAGAACUCACUUUCGUUCCUGAUUCUUUGCAUUUCUGCAAUGUAACAAGUGUUUGGUCCCGGGCGACCAUGGCAUCAGAGAGCGGUGAUUGUUUCAGAUGCCUUUAUUUCUCUGCCAAGAUGGCCAUUAGUAAACUCUAUAUACAUUCUGUAUAAAUAGAUUUUAAAGAUGCUAUAUAUAUGAAUAUAAACAUACAUAUAUUUUUCCAGUGUAAUUGUUGACUUCUUCUUCUCUUGUAUUACCUUAACAAAGGAUCACUAGCUGUGUAGGAGACCGCUCUCAGUAGGAGCCAGUUACACCUGAUUUAAUACCAUAAGACCUGCUCAACUGUGGCUUUAAACAAACCAUUCACUCAAGCUGAAGGCAUUGUUGACCAUACAGUCCUUUGGCAGUGUUCAUAGGUUUCUUUCUUCUUAUUUCCUGUACUUGUCUGUCCUUGAUCCAGAAAUGUCAGAAACAUACUGUGUGUUGUACUGAAUCUGAAGUUACUGUCAUUUGAAACUUCAUGGUUGGUUCCUAAGUGUAAUGUGAGUUCAUGUAUAGUUAAAAAAUGUUCUGCACUUAGUGUUUGGCAGCAUUGUGCAGUCCUUGUAUUUUUACUAGUGAGGCCUGCUUGCUACGAGCCCAUGUCUCUGCUGUUGGAGGGGGGGGGGGUUCAGUGUGACCUGCCUUUGAGUGAUCUGUUGCCGUACCAUACCGUGUGUCUCUGAUGUCAGAGGCACGUUGUAAAUGUGCUCUUAGCCAAUUUAGAAUGAAACUCCUGUGCGCACUUUCUGAAUAGCUUUGGAAAAUGCAAGCAUUUGACUUGUAAGAACCCUAAUAGAUCACAGGCAAUAUUCCCCUCCGCUGAGGGGGGGGGGCAUUGUUUGUUGCAGAAGACAACAAGCUGUGUUCCAUAGUGACGUGUCUUUGAUUCAGCUGUCAGAGAAAUGUAUAAAGAAAAGGAAGCGCUACUUUCUUUUCCAAACUAAAACCAAAAGAGAUUGACAGGAAGCAGGAAGUGGUUCUCAGGUGAGCAGCUUGGAGAGCAGCCAAAACAGUGAGCUGUAGGUCAG